AUGUCCACGACUACGCAAACACAACCAAUAAACAGCGUUCAUGUCACGCCUGGAAACCCCAAAGUCUUGGGCCGGAUGAGAGGACGACGCAAGGCGGGCGAAAGCGACGCCGGGAGACAGUUGCUUGAAGAUGGCAGGCAGGGCGCGAAGCCCCCCACCAUCGGGUUCAUGAAACAAUGCGAAGUGCCCUCCAAUAUGCCCAGUUACCCGGGCCUCGACCGAUGGCGCCUGCUGGAAAAGCUGGGAGACGGUGCAUUCAGCAGUGUUUACCGUGCGAGCGAUACCAAAUCCCAGCAUCGCGAUGUCGCGAUCAAGGUUAUGAGGAAAUACGAAAUGAACGAUAGACAGAAAACCAAUUUACAAGAAGAGGUCAACAUCUCACGGAAGCUGGACCAUGAUAACGUGGUUCGCCUCAUCGAUUCUUUCGAAUCACGCCAAUAUUACUACAUGAUCCUGGAGCUUUGCCCUGGCGGUGAGCUCUAUGAUCAGAUUGUCAGCCUGACAUCGUUGAGUGAGCAAAUGAGCCGGCAUGUAAUCACCCAAGUUGCCCAUGCCGUGGAAUACCUGCAUGAUACGAUGGGAGUGGUUCACCGUGACAUUAAACCCGAGAACAUCCUGUUAUGCCCAUCUUCAGCGACGCCUGCAGUGACGCCGAUGGAAGGUAGGAAACCCCAGACACCGGGAAUUGAUAAGGAUCGCGAAGAAGCCGUCUCGAUUGCGAAGGCAGGGGCAGAUGACAUCGGAGUGGUGAAGAUCGCGGAUUUUGGCGUGGACAUGUGGGGCAUCGGCUGUCUCCUGUUCACCAUGCUAUCUGGCUUCCCACCGUUCUACGAUGAGGAUCUGAAAGUGAUGACCCGCAAAGUCAUGAAAGGAGAAUACUCGUUCUCCUCUCCAAACUGGGAGUCUGUGUCACCGGAGGCCAAGGACCUCGUUUCCAAGCUUCUUACCAUCAACCCAGAAGACCGGUUGAACAUCAAGGAGUUUCUAGCCCAUCCAUGGGUAUGGGGUGACGAGGAUACCACCCCAUCCAACGAGACUACUGCUCCGACGUUGGACGAUCCGAAGUCUGAACUCCAGGACUCGCACCGCCUGGCCAUGAAGAGCUCGGCGGCUUUCCGAGAGAACGAGACAAACCACUAUCACGCCGAGACUCCGAGCAUCAAGGAAGUUCUCAACGUCAGCUUCUCCGUGCAACAGCAGCACCAUGAACGCCAAAUGCAAGACAUGGCGAGUCACGCAGGACGUGACUCGUCUCAUCAUUUCCAUAGGCGAGCCCGGGUUCAAUCGGGACCGUCUCAACAUUGGAAAUAG